UUAAUCCCCAGGCGGCCAGAGCUUCUCUUACCAUGUACCCGUAACAAAAAUUAAGAACCUUUGCCCUUGUGAUCAUCCUAACAAAGCUCCUCAAUUCCCUGCAAUUCUUUGGCCAAAUCUUUACUGGGAUUCUUCUUUGAUCAAGUCUUUCUCCACAAAUCAAUCAUACCCUUUUUUCUUUUUCUUCUAUUUUGUUUGCAAAACCUUGAGAAUUUUCACUUCUUGCAUUCUUUCUUGGUUUUUUAACCCAGUUUCUGUCUGUUUGAUUUUUGGUUUUUAGUUCCUUUGGCUUUUUUUUUUUAUAUAAUUAUUUGUAAGUGUUUUGGCCUUUCUGAUUUGGUUAUGAGUAACAGGCGGAGACAUAAAGGUGAAAUUCAUUUCCAAGAAGUUCAUGGGACGACAAGAUCAAACCAUAAAAAGCCUCCUCAAGGCAGUUGGCAGCCAACUGUACCAUCAUGGGAGAAAAGAUUCUGCUAUUCAGUUGGUUUAGUUCCAUGGCGAAAGCUAUUGGAAACCAAAAAAUCUAUGUACCUCUAUGAGAAUGUAGUUAAGUGGAACGACUCUGCUGGUGAAGAAGCAUUUCACAAUGCUAAAAACCGGUUUUGGGCGAAGAUUAAUGGUCUUCCUUGUGACAUAUCAUUGCCUGAUCCUGAUAUUUACAUUGAUGAAAUUGACUGGAAUUCCAAUAUUGACCCCGAACUGUAUUUAGAUUUGGAACGGGAGCCUAAAUAUCCUCACAACAAAGAGAACGGGGAGGAGGUUGUGAUUUUUGGUAGUUGUCUACUGCCGAAUCAAUCUUUUUCAUGCACUGGUUGGGGGGAGGCUGAAGAGGACUUUCAGCAGAAGGCAGCCCCUGCUGUUUUGGAUCCCCUGUAUGAAGAUUGUGAUCAAAAGGCUAACAAUGGAAAUCCUUGGAAGGGCAAUGUUUCUCAAUCCAAUGUUGCAGCGAUAGAUAACGAAUGGGAAAACUGUUGGAAUGGUUCGCAUGGAUGCAAGAAUAAUUACGACGACUGGAACAACAAGUAUAACCAGGGGAGUAAUUACAACGAUACGACCGGUGGGGAAUUGGAGACAUGGAACGGGAAUAUGAGGAAGAAAGAGGGUGCUGGCUGGUACAUGUCGAGGUAUAAAACCUCGAGGUUUCAAAGGAACGACUAUCAGAUGGAUCGUGAAUGGUGGAGGAAUGGAAAGGGAAGGAAGAGGAUGAAUUUUGUAUAUUAAAUGGUAAUUUCUAUAAGAAACCAUUCUGAGGGAAUAUCAGGAAGAAGUGAUUUUGGCAAAGUAAGAGAUCUGUGGAAGAAGUUGGUGAUAAAAUUUUUGUAAGUAUAUAAUGAUAUGUAGGCUGUGAACUUCCUUCCUAUUAUUUUAUUUUUGGUAAAUGUGUAGUUUGUUUCUAUGAGGUAAUUUUGUAGAAUGCUUGAGAAAGCAUUGGCAUAGUAUCGUUUUUUUUUUUUUUUUUUUUUUUUUUUUUUUUUUUUUCUAAUUAUCUUUAAUAUAAAUGCUGGGAUUUUGUCUGUGAUUAAGAACUGGUUUGUUCUCAGAGAUUUCCUCUUGUGAGUUGUGAUUGGUCUUAAACUGAUCUCAUGUCUUCUUCCAUUUUCUCAUGUUUUCUUAUUUUAUUUUUCAAUGGAGAGAGAGAGAGAGGUGGUGUGGGCUGAAGAUUGUCAUCUGCACUGUGAACUGAUGAAGCACUCACAGGUUUAUUCUUAAUUUGAAAUGUUAAUCAAAGUAUAAAAUAGCAUUCACAGGUUUAGGUUUAGUAUAUUGGUAUGUGUACAUGAAUAAAUCUGAGAAGUCUCCAUUCUUCGAUCAGAAGUCUCAUGUUCUAUUCUCUAUUCUUCGAGUUAUUAACGACAAAUAUAAAUGAAAUAAAUUAUUUAUAUUUAUUAAAAUAAAAACAAAUAAAUAUAGUUUUUUAUAUAUUUGAUAAAUGUUAAUUUUAUGUAUUUUUAUGAUUACUUCACAAAAUAAUUUACUUUUAAUUAAAUUUAUAAUAUUAUAGAAUAGUUUAGUUUUAUAAAAUAUAAAAGAAAUUUUAAUUAAGUGAUUUUAAAAAAUUAGGAAGAAAUGAAUUUCUUUUCUAAAACUGUGACUACAGAAUUGAUGAGUACCUCCUAUGUCGGUAAAGGUGUCUAAACUACCAGAGCUGAAGAUUUCCAUCUUUGGAGGAAAUGAGUGUAAUAGAAUAGGCCCCAAGAUGGAGUUAUUUGCUAAAAAAGUGAUGAUCACAGUGAAAGUUUUGGGAAUACAAGCAAAAAAGAGGUCAAAGAAAAAACACCAUACAAGAGUAUAUAUACACUCUGUGCAUACACAAUCUAACCCCUUUUUCUGGUCCUAUAUUCUCAUUCCUUCAACUUAGCUCAGGAUCUUUAUGACAUACAAGGCAUGUUUGAAGUGUUUUGGCAGAGACAAGUGAAGCGAGAGAAGUCAGUAACAUGUCAACGGCUUAUUUUUUUUCACCUCCACGUCUCUUUUUUCUUAGGCAUGUACAAUUUGUUUGUUUUGGAGAGACUAAUUUGGUUUUGUUUAUUUAGUAAAUUCGAAUUUAUUUUGAUCGA